AAAGAACAAAAGACAGACAAAUAUUUCUUUCUCCAAAGACAUGAGUGGAUAGAAACUGAAGUUGUUCAAAACCAGUUUAAUUUACUUCACUUUCUGUCUCACGGAGAAAAAUCAGAAGAAACAUGAAUUCUAUCCCAUGUACUGUCCAAAUACCUUUUACUUCAAAACCCAUAAACUCACUUCCUUCUUUCCCAAAAUUCAGUUCCAAGUUCCUGGGUACUCAAAACUCUCUCUCUUGGGUGAGGCCUUCGCGAAUUGGACCCUCUAAUGGUUCAAAAACAGAAUGCUGGUUCAGGUUUGGUAAGAAUGGUGUUGAUGCUGAGGGUGCUGGCAUUUAUGGCAGCCAGACUAGGGAUGAUUUUGACAGAGAUGAUGUUGAGCAGUACUUUAACUACAUGGGGAUGCUUGCUGUUGAAGGCUCCUAUGAUAAGAUGGAAGCUCUUUUGAACCAGAACAUCCACCCAGUAGACAUCUUGUUGAUGCUGGCUGCCUCGGAAGGCGACAAGCCGAAAAUUGAAGAGCUGUUGAGAGCUGGAGCGAGUUACAAUGUCAAGGAUGCAGAUGGGCGAACCGCCAUUGAUAGGGCUGUCAAUGAAGAAGUAAAAGACCUCAUUCUUAGUUUUUCUGUGCAGAAAGCUUGAUCUAAAUGAAAACAAAUCUAUUUUGAUGACUAGACUUGGUUUCUUCCUCCAUUUUUGGACAUUGUUCUGCUCAUUAUAAUAUGUAAUCUUUAGGUUUUGAGUCUUUUGAAUACUUUCUUCAGUGAAGUUCUCUUGAAUAAAUGUGAAGCAUUGGAAAA